CUUCAACAGCUUGAUCCUGAAAACACUGGUUUCAUUGGCGUGGAGACCUUUGCCAGCCUGGUACACAGCCAUGAACUGCCUCUGGAUCCUGCAAAACUGGAGAUGCUGGUGGCAUUGGCACAGAGCAACGACGAGGGACAGAUCUGCUAUCAGGAGCUGGUAGACCUGAUCAGCAGCAAGCGGUCGAGCAGCUUCAAGCGAGCCAUCGCCAACGGGCAGAGGGCUCUUCCCCGCGAUGGACUCCUGGACGAGACGGGCCUGGGCUUCUACAAGCGCUUUGUGCGCUACGUGGCCUACGAGAUCCUUCCCUGCGAGAUGGACCGGAGGUGGUACUUCUAUCAGCACCGCACCUGCCCCCCUCCGGUUUUCAUGGCAGUCGUCACACUGACCCAGAUCAUUGUAUUCCUCUGCUAUGGGGCCCGGCUGAACAAGUGGGUCCUGCAGACAUACCACCCUGAGUACAUGAAGAGCCCCCUCGUGUACCACCCGGGGCACCGCGCUCGUGCCUGGAGGUUCCUCACCUACAUGUUCAUGCAUGUGGGGUUGGAGCAGUUGGGCUUCAAUGCCCUCCUGCAGCUGAUGAUCGGGGUACCCCUAGAGAUGGUCCACGGCAUCCUUCGUAUCAGCUUCCUCUACCUCGCAGGAGUUCUGGCAGGUUCCCUAACCGUCUCCAUCACAGACAUGAGGGCACCUUUGGUUGGAGGUUCGGGGGGAGUAUAUGCUCUCUGCUCCGCUCACCUGGCCAACGUUGUCAUGAACUGGGCAGGGAUGCGUUGCCCUUACAAGCUGCUCCGCAUGGUGUUAGCCCUGGUGUGCAUGAGCUCUGAGGUGGGCCGUGCUGUUUGGCUGCGUUUCUCUCCCCCCUUACCCUCCUCGGGCCCCCAGCCCAGCUUCAUGGCCCACCUGGCAGGGGCGAUUGUGGGCAUCAGCAUGGGCCUGACCAUCCUCCGCAGCUACGAGGAGAACCUCCAGGACCAGUGCGGCUGGUGGGUGGUGCUCCUCUCCUACGCCACCUUCCUGGUCUUUGCCGUCUUCUGGAACAUCUUCGCCUACGACCUCCUAGGGGCACAGAUCCCGCCUCCCCCGUAGCA